AUUUAACUUGUGUUUUGUGUCAUGUUUUUGUGAACGAUCAGGAGCGUCUUGUCCUUUACCCAAUUAACUGUUACCUCCCGGCAGGCGUUGUCAGGGUCUAAGUAAACUGUGGGUGAGGCAAAGCAGAGUCAGAGUGGUGCAGGUCUCAGCUGACGGUUGAAAGUGAACACUGCAAACUAAAUAAACGAUUGUUAUUUCGCAGACCAAGCUAUCUGCCCAUGUCUUUGAUAUCGGUGACAUCUUGAGAGAUUUAUUGAUGUUGAUCAGUAACCACAGAACAAUGAGUACCGAAGACCAAAUUGCCCCACAUUGUCAAUCAUCAUUUGUCAAUUAAUGCUAUCUGCCUACCUUAUUAAUGAGAGUUACAAAGAGUCACACCAGCUAGGACAUAGCCCGGGUCAAGAAGGUCUGUGUCAAAUGUUGGAGAACCAGAACAACCUGAUGUGAAGCAGGCUACUGGAACAAAUAUAAGUGAUGAGAACAGGGAACUAUUGGAAUGCUACUACACCAGUAACCCUAGUAAGCAGAGUUGCAUGAAAAGAAUGUGAGAACUACGGAUACUUCGAAACCCAACAUUUACACUAACAUCAAAACAAAUAGUAGCACGGUGCUCUAAUAUCCUCAAAAACACCUGACAACUAGAAAUUGAUAAGAUACAACAAAACAUAUUGUAAAUGAGGGGAAGAUAUCAUCAUCCUCCCCAAAAUCAGAGAUUGGGUCCCAAGCCCCAUUAUUAACGUUACUUAAUGCGAGAGCAGCUGACCUAAGGUUGAAGAUCAUGACUAAGAUGGACACAUGGAAACCCAAGGCCAGUUACCAAGUAUAGGUGAAGCACCAUCUGAAAGUCUGCAAACAAUACCAAUUAGGUGAUAUACAGCACAGCAACCAUGAUCCUUGAGGUACUUGGCUUUAAGAUCAAGACAAGCCAUAAGGUGCAGUAUAACCCAUGGAAGGUUGGAGCUAAGAUCAAGGCAACACAGAAAGAAUAUAAGAAUUGCAGAAAGGCAUGACGAAGAAGUACCACCUACCUAACUGGUACAGCGACAUUACUGUAUAUGAGGCCUUGAUGACUACCAAGCAAAGACUCACAGAUAAGUUGAAACCAGGAGAUCCUCCACUGAGCCACCCAAGGUGUACUUACAGUGGUAGGGUAAUAGCAUGAGAGCAGACCCACCCCCAAGGCUGGAGACUGAAGAAUACUGGAAAGGCAUAUGGGAGAAGGAGGCAUCACAUAACAGCAAUGCCCAGUGGCUGGUGUAAUUCAGAGCAGACCACAGCAACCUUCCUGAGCAAAAUCCAGUUACCAUCAUAAUGGCAGAGAUCCAAGAAAGGGUCUCUGUCACGGAUCGGCAGAGAGCGGACCCACAUGCACAGUGCGAGGACACGAUGGUAGGUAGUAAAGAAACAAGAUUUAAUCCAGAAAGCGUGGUCACAGACGGUCCAGGUCAUACACAGUAGGCUCAGGUCUCAAUACGAAAGGAGCAAGCGUAAUUGGGUCUAUUAACAGGCAUGGUUCAGUAACAGAUUAAACAGGCAAAGGUACCAUACAGGGUUGAGCAGGAAUCGGUGAUCAGAGGCACGGAAUAGGAUCGAGACGAGAUAAGCAGGACUGAGGUGAGUGCUGGAAGGUGACGACUGGCGUUCAACGAUCUGGCAACUGGCUGUAGUAAGUACUGGGGUUUAUAUUUUGGCAGUGAUUGCUAGAUUAUUGACAGGUGUGCAUGGUGAACUGGGAGUGACAGGAAACAGCUGUGACAUGAACAAAAACCGGAAGUCCUUCAACAUUAAACAGGAAAUGGAAACUGGAACCAAAACAUGACAACUAAGUCCUUUCAAACUAAAACAAAACCAAAACCUGACAGUCUCAAGUAUGAAGAACACAGUACCAGGCCCUGACAUGAUCCAUGUCUACUGGUUGAAAAAGCUUACCUCACUCCAUGAGCAGCUAGUGGCACAAAUAAACAAGCCACUAGUAGAUGUAACUCGCCCUGAAUGGUUAACGAAAGGCCGAAUAGUCCAGAUCUUGAAGGACUCCCAGAAGGAAGCAUUCUCACCCAACUACCGCCCAAUAACCUGCCUUUGCACAGCAUGGAAAGUCCUGUCAGGAAUUCUAACAGCUAACAUGAGCAGGCACAUGGAUCAAUACAUGAGCAGUCCUUAGGAAGGAAUUUGUAGUAACCAUAGUAAAACCAUAAAUCCCUUCAGGUCAAGUCCUGUCUGUGCUGUGCAUUUGGGUCCUCCACCGUGUUGAUCUCUGACACGUGACGUGUCGUCGCCUCACGCUCUCAUUAGUCACGUGAUUUGAAACAUGCUCGAGAUUCUGCUUGACGUCACUUCUGCUUCAAAAGAUCGAUGCUAUGUCGAGUAGAAGUUGGUCAUCUCUAACCGACCUUGGAUCUCGUUUUUGACUGUGCCUUGCUUGCUCCCUGUCUGUACUGUUUUGGACUCUGCCUUGUUGAUUGAACCUUUUCUGGAGACUGACUGCAUUGCUUGAUCCCUGUCUGUACGGUUGCCUUCAUCCUGCUACUCCAUGUACCAACCUCUGCCUGUCAGGACGAGGCAAUCUCGUGGUCAGAAUAGCGUGCAGGAUCGUUACCAGAUGAGCUUGGUUGACACGGCAGACAAGGCAGACAAGGAGAGGCAGCAAUCAUUAACGGUGGUCAAAACCAGGUUCAGGCUCACGAAGAAUGACAGGAACAAGGACGCUGGAGAGUAGUGAAAUGCACUGCAUUUUUAACAGGUGUGUGUAAUGAGGACCGACGAUGACAUGAAAACAGCUGGGACGUGAGUGAAGUCCUUUCAAAGUAAAACCGGAACUGUAACUAAAACAUGAAAAUGGCAUAGCUGUGAUGUGAGCAGAGCAGGAACCAGACCAAAACUGUGACAUAUAUUUUCUAUCCAAUAACCUCCCAUCAUUGUUUCAUGUUUAACUAACCUCGUCUUUUCUCUCCAGUAGUUGUGCUUUAUCCUCUCUUUCUCUCUCCCCCACUCAGACUCAGAGCAGUCUCCAGUCUCUGGUACAACCAUCCUGCUUGUGCUCUGUUGUUACCUGUUCCUGCUGUGCUUUUCUCUCUCUCUAUCCCAUCAUCCCAACUGGUAGAGGCAGAUGGCUGCCCAACAUUCAGCCUGGCUCUGCUGGAGGUUCCUUCCUUGAUAAACAGGGAUUUUUUUUUCUCUCUAUUGUUGCUGUUAAGAUUGUAAUUAAUUACAAUUAAGGCUUGAAAUAACUGUGUUGCUAUUUGGCGCUAUAUAAAUAAAAUAAAAUUGAAUUGAAUUGAGACCCUCACUUGCUCAUGCAGUAGCUCAAGCUGAGGUAGUUUUUAGGUGCCCUGAAUAGAUCUGCUGUGCACAGACCAAAAAGCAAAAAUGCCCAUUUGCGCAAGUUCCUACAGGGAGCAUUGUCCUCCGCCCACUGCAGAAACAGGUUCUUUAUCAGCUCAGCUGUUUUUAGCUGUAGGAAAGUGAAACCGAGAGUCAGUCGCUGCGAGAGAGUAAAAUGGCUCAGACAGGAGUUCAGUUAAACCAGAAAACCUUCUCUUGUUCCAUCUGUCUGGAUCUACUGAAGGAUCCAGUGACUAUUGCCUGUGGACACAGCUACUGCAUGAACUGUAUUACAAGAUCCUGGGAUGAAGAAGACGGUAAGAGACUCUACAGCUGCCCUCAGUGCAGACAGACCUUCACACCGAGGCCUGUCCUGGUGAAAAACACCAUGUUAGCAGAGUUAGUGGAGCAGCUGAAGAAGACUGAACUCCAAGCUGCUGCUGCUGAUCACUGCUAUGCUGGACCUGAAGAUGUGGCCUGUGAUGUCUGCACUGGGAGGAAACUGAAAGCUGCCAAGUCCUGUCUGAUGUGUCUGGUCUCUUACUGUGAGACUCACGUCCAGCCUCAUUAUAAUUCCUCUGCCUUUGAGCAACACAAGCUGGUGCAGCCCUCCCAGAAGCUGCAGGAGAACAUCUGCUCUCGUCACCACAGAGUGAAGGAGUUUUUCUGUCGUACUGAUCAACAGUGUGUCUGUCAUCUCUGCCCUAUGGAUGAACAUAGAGGCCACGACACAGUCUCAGCUGUAGCAGAGAGGACUGAGAGGCAGAGAGAGCUCGAAGGGAGUCGACAGGAAAUCCAGCAGAGAAUCCAGGACAGAGACAAGGAGGUGAAGGUGCUUCAACAGGACGUGGAGGCCAUCAGUCGCUCUGCUGAUCAAACAGUGGAGAACAGUGAGAAGAUCUUCACUGAGCUCAUCCGUCUGAUGGAGGAAAGGAGGUCUGAGGUGAAGCAGCAGAUCAGAUCCCAGCAGGAAACUGAAGUGGGUCGAGUCAAAGAGGUUCAGGAGAAGCUGGAGCAGGAGAUCACUGAGCUGAAGAGGAGAGACGCUGAGUUGGAGCAGCUCUCACACACAGAGGAUCACAUCCAGUUUCUACACAUCUACCCGUCACUGCCAGCACUGAGUGGAUCCACACACUCAUCCAGAACCAAAACCCGUCCUCUGAGAUACUUUGAGGACGUGACAACAGCUGUGUCAGAGCUCAGAGACCAAAUACAUGAGGUUCUGAGGACGACGUGGACAAACACCUCACUCACAGUGACUGAAGUGGACGUUUUACUGUCAGAACCAGAACCCAAGAGCAGAGCUGGGUUCUUAAAAUAUUACUGUGAAAUCACACUGGAUCCAAACACAGCAAACUUGUGGUUGUUAUUAUCUGAGGAGAACAGAAAAGCAAAAUAUAAGAGUAAACUUUGGUUUUUUUCUUCUCAUCCACACAGAUUCACUCAUUGGUCUCAGGUUCUGAGCAAAGAGAGAUUGACUGAACGUUGUUACUGGGAAGUGAAAUUGACAGGGGGAACAGUUUAUAUAGCAGUUUCAUAUAAGAACAUCAACAGAGCAGGACUUGGACCUGAAUGUGGAUUUGGACAUAACGAUAAAUCUUGGGCAUUAAUAUGUAAAAAUACCAGUUAUGAAUAUUGUUACAACAACAUCAGAACUCCAGUCUCAGGUCCUCCAUCCUCCAGAAUAGGAGUGUACCUGGAUCACAGAGCAGGUCUUCUGUCCUUCUACAGUGUCUCUGAAACCAUGACUUUCCUCCACAGAGUCCAGACCACAUUCACUCAGCCUCUCUAUGCUGGACUGUAUGUUUAUGGUAAUGAUGCCGCAGCUGAGAUCUGUAAACUCGAAUAGACUCAACUCAUUUAAGAGGCAAAGGAUUAAUCUUUACUUUAUCUUCAUCUUAUAAUUUUUCACAUUUAAUUCUCAUUACUGUUAGGUCUCUGCUUUGUUAUUCCAUCACUUGAUGGUCUCCUGGUGUUGGACUUUCUGAUGGCAGACUGUUAGCUAAACUGACAUUUGUCCAGGUAACAAAUGGAAACAGGUCUCAUAGUUUGUUCUACUUUUUAAUUGCUAUGUUUCUUUGGGCUUAUCAUCCCUUAUUAUUGUUUUUUUUUUAAUUUGAUCAAUGAGAGAUGUUAGGGGUCAGCUACACUGGAAUGUUUACUCCCUUUUCCCAGGAAAAAGGGGCUGAACAGUGGGUGAUGGCAUCCGUUCUGACCUGUUCCAUCUGUAUAUAAAUAAAACCAAAGUACUGCAUCCACCUCUGAUAUGUACCAUUUGUAUUUUGCAGUAGUAAUAAGCUCUGACAAACUCCUGGGUAAAGUAAUUGUAAUUACUGUACUAUCAAUGGAAAUAAUGGAAAUGAAUCUUUUAAUUGAAUAAAUCUUUGGUCAUUUUUCAUCAUACACUGUCAGACUGAAACUUACAGCAGCUUCUGUCCGUCCAUCUAUGACAUGUAUAAUGGUAUAAAAUGUUUAUAAUUUCAAAUGACUCAAUAUGUUGCUGCAAACUAAAUUAAAAAUGUAUAAGUUAAGAAAAGAAUAAGGAAAAAAGAUAACAUCAACAUAAAACCUUCUGUAGCCUUCCUGGUUAGCUGUCAGAAUAAUCAUAAAUACUGUGGUGCGUCUAGUUGCAGUCUUAUUAAAGACAGAUCAAUCUUCUAAAUAAAGAGAAGUGAUGUCAAAGCAAAGAUACUACACUGAUAUUUUACUGUAUAUGUUUUGACGUAUGUAGAAUCAGUCAAGAACGUAGACCAAAAACACCCUAAUUUACUUCCUACAUUCCAGAACAGGUUCUACAGUAAGUUUCCAAAAGUAUUUGAGGCCAGUAAACACAAGCAAAUGCAGCAUUUAUGAGUAUCUGAAUUUCAAGUUAUCAAUCAACAUUAUACAGUACAUACUCAUCAACAUGUCUUAUGAUUUCUUUUUCGGGUAAGUUGCCAUGGCAGGCUGAGAGGGGCGGACCCAGGCUGCUGGAGCCCAACUGCUCAGUCCGCCAUUGCUUUUCAUGUAUACACCUAAAGCACUAAUAUUCAAUGGCCGUAUGAUCCAGAGUGCAGCCCAAACGCGAAGCAGCUGACAGCGGGGAGAUCGACCACAGGGCAGUUUAGAGGAGCUGUGUGCAGUAGACAGCUGUUGAUCCGCACCACACACCGAUGUGAACAACUGAAUAUCACUGUGCUGAAUUUUACCGCUGCUGAUUUUGUUCAGAUAAAAUUGCAGAUUCUACUGCUGAUGACACACCAUUAGUAUUGGGCUACAUGUGAAUGGAGGAGCUAGAAAGUAACCUCAGGAUACUAGGAAGAAACUCGGAAAAAGCACAGUUACAAGCUGCUGCUUUUCAUGUUGUGGACUGUCAGGGAUAGUGUUGCUAACGUUAGCCUGUGUAUUAGCUUGGCUAGCAGCAACCCUUUUUUUUUCUUCUGCCUUGGAGAUUGAUACCAAUACCAAUACUAGUGUUAAGGUAUGUGCACAUACUCAUACAAACAUAUACAUAUCAUAUACAUACACAUAUGCAUUGUUACUAUAUAC